AUGUUCAGUUCAGAAUCGUGUAAUAUUGGCCAUCCCUUUGAAACAAAGUCCAUCAUAGCAGAUGGAAACUGUCUCUUUAGAGCAAUAUCUUAUGCUGUUUCACAUACACAAAUAUUCCAUGAAAAGGUUAGACAAGACAUAAUUAAGCAUAGCUUGAGCAUUUCAAAUCAUUUGACUAGUCUAUUAGAAAACCAAUAUGGUACAGUAGAAGAACAUAUAAGUGGUCGAAAAAUGAGAGAGAACAACUCAUGGGGAACUGCAUUGGAAAUAAUCGCUGCAGCAGACCUUCUAAAAACGGAUAUUUAUACGUUUUAUAAUGGGGAAUGGAUAAAGUAUUCAUCGUCUCAAAUUCACACCAACAGUGAAAUAAAUGAUAGAGCAAUCUAUCUUCAACACAUCGGAGACUUACAACACUACGAGGUUGUAUUAUCAGUUAUACCAGAGAUGCACAAACCACUCGAAAAUAAGGGAGUUGCAAUGAAGAGAAAAUGUGAGCAAAAUGAUUUAUUUGUUUCAAAGAAACCCAGAAAACAAAAUCAACGCACGAGUAGUUUGAAUAAUGAAAAUAAUUCUUCUGUUAAAUCGUCACAGAAAGGAAUUCAUUCAGAGGAAGCUAUAAAUGAAGCACAAUACUUAUCAAAAUCUGAAAAACAAAAAUUAAAGUAUCACACUGAUUCUCAAUCAAGGUACAACACAUUAUCAGCACAAAGGAAAAAGUAUUCGAACGAUGAUUCGUACAGAGCUCAGAAAAUAAGAAAAGGAAGGGAGAAAUAUCAGAAUGAUUACAAAUAUAAAUUAGAUAUUAAAAAAGCUUCAAAGCAUAAAAAUAAAUUGAAAGAGGCAGCCAUUAACAAAUACGCUACUGAUGAUGCACACAAAAUUAAAACUAAACAGGCAAGCAUUCACAAGUAUGCUACUGAUGAUGAACAUCGAAAGAAUGUUAAAUCUCAGACUUUGUCUAAAAGAAUUCUUUCUAAAGAAGAAGGAAAAGACAUUACAAAAGUUAUUGAAAAAUUUAAGAAAGAUGUAUGUGAAGGACCUGAAUACAUUUGUGCUUGCUGUUUAAGACUUUGUUUUAAAAAUCAAGUAAUGGAAUAUAAGAAGGAUUUGUAUCAAAAGGAUUCUGCAAAAGAUGUAGCAGACACUUGCAUUUCUGAUAAGUAUUUACAUAAAUGUUUAGACGGAUGCGAAGAUGAAUGCAAGUAUCAAGGAACUAGUAGACAAUCUCUUUGGAUUUGUUACACAUGUCACAGAAAGAUCCAGAAAGGAAAAGUGCCUGCUGAAUCUUUUUUUAACAACUUAUCAUUAGAUGAUGUUCCUAAUGAACUUGGCAGAUUAAAUCAAUUAGAACAACAUUUAAUUUCUCUUAAUAUUCCUUUCAUGAAGAUAAUUGCUCUACCUAAAGGUGGCCAAAAGGCAGUUCAUGGACCAUGUGUUUGUGUACCAUCAGAUAUUUUUAAGGUAACUACUACUUUGCCUAGAUCUGAAGAUGACAAUUGUUUAGUUAAAGUGAAGCUCAAAAGGAAAUUACAGUAUAAGGGUUAUGAGGAAUAUCAAUUUGUUGAUACUAAACAUUUAGAAGAAGCAUUGCUAUUUUUAAAAGGAAAAAAUGAGUGGUAUUCAAAUAUAGUAAUCAAUGAAAAGUGGUUAAACCCUAUUCCUUUACAAAAUAACGAAUGUUGCCCUGAAGUAGAGAGCAUGGACACCUCAACAACAACAAAUGAAACGCUAAAUGAUAAUUUACAAGAUAGGUCAAAUACAGAGGAACAAACAAAUGAAGCGGAUACAUACUUAGAUGAUACUUUACAGGGCGUUCAGUUAGACACAUGUUUACAGCCUGCUGAUAUUGCACAGGAAGCUUUAGAUGCAUUGUUUGAUAAGGAAUUCAAUCUAUCACCUGCAGAGGAAAAUAACCCUGUAAGUCUUUUGAGAACAAAGGGUAUUGAAGCUCAAACGUUUCCAGUACAUUAUCCUACAGGUAAAAACACAUUGAAUGAAGAAAGAGAAGAAAAGUUAUCUUUAUUAAGAUAUUUCAAUCUGAGAUUAAUGAGUGUAGAAAACCGAUUUGCAAGAGAUACUUCUUAUAUAUUCUUUUGUCAAUAUAUGUCUGAACUAGAUAGAGUUAUGUCAAAUGUUCAAAUUUCCUUAAGGAAAGGAUCGGCGUUUUCAAAUGGAAAGAAAGUAACAAGCAAAAUGCUAUGUGAUAAAGACACAUUACAUGGGUUAUUCCGAAAAGAUGAGGCAAUAAAGUUUAUGAAACCUGUAAGAGGAACACCUCCUUAUUGGCAAGCUGAACAAAAGAAUAUUUUUGCUAUGAUUCGUCAGUUAGGUAUUCCCACAUUCUUUGCCUCGUUUUCUUCUGCAGACUUCAGAUGGAAAGAAAUUGUAGAAACAAUAUUGAAGCAACAAGGAGAUAUUCGUAAGUUUGACGAACUUACUUGGGAUGAAAAGUGUAAAGUCCUUUGUAGUAAUCCUGUUACACCUGCACGAAUGUUUGAUCGUAGAUUUAAAAGAUUUCUAAAAGAUGUUAUAAUGUCAGAUGCUCAACCAAUUGGCCAUGUGAUUGACUACUUUUAUAGAGUUGAAUUUCAACAGAGAGGUUCUCCACACACGCACUGCUUGUUCUGGAUAGAAGAUGCCCCAAAAUUUAAUGAAGAUGAAGAUGAUAUUGUAACUGAGUUUGUUGACAAAUAUAUAACAUGUAAACUACCGCUGGAAACCGAGGACUCAGAGCUAAAAGACAUUGUCACUACUGUACAACAACAUAGCAAAAACCAUUCAAAAAGUUGUAGAAAAAAGGGAACUGUGUGUCGUUUUAAUUUCCCAAGACCACCCUCUGAAAAAACAUUUAUAUCACGCCCACCUAAGGAUGACGAAGAAGAAUGUAGUGUUGUUGAUGACACUGAUGAAGAUGUUGACGAUGAUGUUGUUGAAAAACCAAAAUCGGGAAUUAGUUCAUUAGAAGCUAAAAAGAUAUUAGAAUCUCUAUGGGCUGUAAUCAAAGACUGUGAAAAGGAAAAUUUGACUACUACUGAGUUAUUCAUGAGGGCAGGAGUAUCUCAGGAAGAUUUUCAAGAAUGCUUUAGUUACAUCAGUAAAUCAGAACGUGAACUUGGACUGUUGCUACAACAAACAAAAAAUGAGGCCGCUGAUGGAAAUUUGGAUGCACAACAAACAAUGAAACAAGUAGGUACUGCAUACUUUCACUUUCGAGAGCUGAGUGCCCAAGAAGCUGUUUUUAGAGUGAUCGGCUUAAGUUUGAAGGAAUGCUCAAGAAAAGUUGAAUUCAUUCCAGUUGGAGAAAAUCCAUGUAAAAUGAGUAUUCCUCUAAAAGAACUUUUAAUCAAAUCAAAAAGCGCAAAUACAAAAAAACCUUCAAAGGAAAUCGAUGAUGAUGAUGACACUGAUGACGGUGAUGAUAUCGAACUUUGGAUGAAAAGCAUUACUGAUAGAUAUAAAAGUAGACCAGAACUUGAAUUAUUUAAUCAGAUGUGUUUAGCUUCAUUUUGCUCCGAGUUUUCAGUUUUAGCAGAAACACAGAUUCCAAAUAAAAUAAAUGAAGACACCACAUUCAAACUUAAAAAUUAUAUGGGAUACAUCAGAAAGCGGACAAGAACCCAGCCUGCUAUUAUCAAAUAUGCACGAUUUUCCAUUGAAACAUCGCCUGAACAGUACUACCAAAGUAUUUUACAGUUAUAUUUACCUUACAGAUUAGAGGAACAGUUGAAACCGCCACAAUUUUUGACCUAUGAAUUGUUUUACAAAUCAGGAAUGUGGCAAAGAGCUAGAAGCUGCAGAAAAAAAAUGGAAGAAAAUGAUUACCAAGAAGAUGCGUGGGCAGACCUAUGUCCAGAAACAGAGAGUGAAAGACGUGAAUGCAUUGAAGCAGACAAAUCUUCAACUGUCAUAGAAGUCGAUAGUCCUGAAUUUGGAAUACCAGAUUUAAAUAAAAGUAACAAGCCAGAGAUAGUUAGUGGAAAUGGGAUUAAAACUUGUUUACUAAGGUCGGAAGUCAUACCCUUGUUGAGAGGUUUAAACAUGAAACAAAGGCGUAUUUUCUAUAAGGUAAGAGAAUGGUGCAACCUAAAAGCCAAUGGUAAAAAUCCCCCUCCUUUUCACGUCUUUGUAACAGGCGGUGCUGGAACAGGAAAAAGCCAUCUGAUUAAAUGCUUAUAUUAUGAAACCACAAGAAUUCUUGCUCGCUGCUCCCCUAGUCCAGACGAUUUGACAGUGUUAUUGACUGCACCAACUGGCACUGCAGCCUUCAAUAUAAAUGGAUUGACGAUUCACCAUGCUCUUUCUAUUUUCAAAACUCUUACUGUUGACAAAGCGAUGCUUGGUGAAGAUAAGCUGAACACUUUAAGGUCAAAAUUAGAAAAUUUACAAAUUUUAAUCAUAGACGAAGUCUCAAUGGUCAACAAGAGGUUGUUAUUCUUCAUUCAUGAACGGUUGCGUCAGAUCAAGAAAAGACCUGAAAAAGAUCCUUUUGGUGGGGUUUCAGUGAUAGCUGUUGGAGAUUUUUUUCAGUUACCACCAGUAAAAUGCCGAAAAACUGAUAAACUUUAUGUAGAUGAUCCAUCGAAUCCUUUGAACUAUCUGUGGAACGAUUUCUUCACUAUUGUAGAAUUAGAUGAAGUCAUGAGACAACGUGAAGAUGGUUUGUUUGCUCAGUUAUUGAAUAGACUUAGGAUAAAAGACAAAUAUUCUCCUUUAGAAUCCUCAGAUUUAAAAAUGUUAAAGCAGUGUAUAGGUAGUGGGACAGAUGAAGCUUUACACAUUUAUGCUACUAAUAAUGAGAUUAAUAUUCACAAUACUGAAAUGGUUAUUAAACUGUCCAGUGAACCUAAGUUAAUUGAAGCACAAGAUUUUGAAAAAAAUAAAGCUACAGGAAAACUAAGAAAGAAAACAGCAAAUUUUUCACAAACUGAUAUUUGUCUCCCAACUUCAAUUCUAUUAGCUGAAGGAGCCCGCGUAAUGCUGAAAAAGAAUGAAGCCGUCAAUGAUGGCUUGGUAAAUGGGGUAAUGGGCACUAUUGUCAGCAUUGCAGAAUUUUUAGAAGGGUCUUUGCCGAAUGUUAUUUUUAUCAAUUUUGACAAUGAGAGAGUAGGAAAAAACGCUAAGAUUCAAAAAACAAUAAAUGGGAAAAGAUGCGUUGGAUUGGAACCAUCUACAGAGGACAUACCAUUCAAAAAUGGAACGAGAAAACAGUUUCCUUUGCAGUUAGCAUGGGCAUGUACUGUUCAUAAAGUUCAGGGUUUGACAGUUUCACAAGCAGUUGUGGAUUUGAAUAAAUGCUUCACUUAUGGCCAGGCAUAUGUUGCAUUGAGUAGAGUUACUACAAAAGAAGGGCUUCAUAUAUUACCAAUUGAUGACAAAACACUUGGUAAAAAAAUAUACUGUGAUCCUGAUAUCAUAAAAGGCAUAAAAACAAUGAAACAUUAUCUGACUGAAAAUGUAGAAGCAUCAUCUGAAGAAACACUUGUAACUAUUGUUUAUCACAAUAUCCAAGGACUAAGAGCUCAUAAAAAUGAUUUAGUGGCUAAUUCAGACUGUACAGAUGCAGAUUAUGUCUGUCUGACUGAAACAUGGCUUGAAUCUUCCUCUGAUCAUGUUUAUCUUCCUAACUAUGAUUUUUAUCACCAACCAAGAUCUGCAGCCUACACACCGACUAAUUCUGUGUUUAUGAAUUUGCAAGCUAUGGGCCACGGAGGAGUAGGAGUAUAUGUAAAAACAGAUUCUGAAUAUGAAAAUUGUAACAUUACCGUGGAAAAUCUAGAAUGUAUGACUUUCAGAAUUCCCACCAUGAAUGUCCUUGUGGCAACAGUAUAUAGAACUCAGAAGUAUCAAAUUGGAAUAUUUCUUAAAACAUUUAUUUCGUUUGUAAGCAAAUUGACUGAACUUUCAAACAAUAUCAUUGUUUUAGGUGACUUUAAUCAAGACAUAUUAAAGGGAGAAAGAUCCAUACUGGACUAUAUGACUUCAAAAGGAUUUCAACAGCUAGUGGAAGAGGCCACAACAGAAGGUGGUACAUUGAUUGAUCAUGUCUAUGUCAAAGGUUGCUCAAAAGUAGAAGUUAAAGGCAUUCCAACUUACUACAGUUAUCACGAUGCUGUUUCCAUAAUGCUUAAAGAUAGCCGAUAA